AUGCAGAGCCUCGUGGGUGGGAGCCCGGCUCCCCUAGGCCUGCUCCUGAUCUGUCUGGGUCUGCCAGGCCUCUUUGCACGGAGCACUGGGGCACCAGAGGAGAAAGUCUCCCCACAUUCGGGACAACCUUCCUUCACCAGCCUCCUCAACUCUGGACAGCCUCAGCCCAAUCCAGACUCUGUGAAUAAUGAGUUACCAGGGGUUCUUCCGAGGCUCAGCGAAUCUCCACAAGAUGGAUCUCUACCCAAGGAUGGCUCUGAGGUGCCUGGUGGACCUCCCUUCUGGGGGCGGCCUCCCUUCUGGGGGCGGCCUCCUUUCUGGGGACCGCCUCCCAUGGAGUCCUGGCCCUCAGAGGACCCUCAGCAAGGGAUGUUUGCUGAUGCCGAGGACCACUUAGAGCCAGUUCUGCCAGAAGCCCUGUCAUACCUUUCCAGAGACAGUCCUCUGUCGGAGGCUUCCUCUGCGCAUGUCAAGCAACCUUCACCAGAGGCUUCCUACCCCCAGGACACAGAGCCUGAACCACAGCCAGGUUCCAGAUCGCUGGAAACUGAGGCAGAAGCCUUCGCCCGGAGCCCAUUCUGGUUUCUUGUCCACAAACUUCUGCCUGGUGUAUCCGGGAGGAUCCUAAAUCCUGGAACAUCCUGGGGAAGUGGAGGGGCUGGAACUGGGUGGGGAACAAGGCCCAUGCCGUAUCCUUCUGGAAUAUGGGGUAGCAAUGGUCUAGUAUCAGGCACUAGCUUGGUGGGUAAUGGUCGGUAUCCAGCAGGCAUCUGGGGGAGUAGUGGUCGGUACCCGGUAGGCAUCUGGGGGGGUAGUGGUCGGUACCCAGCAGGCAGCUGGGGGGGUAGUGGUCGGUACCCAGCAGGAGGCAUCUGGGGGGGUAGUGGUCGGUACCCAGCAGGCAGCUGGGGGGGUAAUGGUCGGUACCCAGUAGGCAGCUGGGGGGGUAAUGGUCGGUACCCAGCAGGCAGCUGGGGCAGUAAUGGUCGGUACCCAGCAGGUAGCUGGGGGCCCAACUGCCAGUACCCAGCAGGCAGCCGGGGGCCCAAUUGUCAGUAUCCAGCAGGGAGCUGGGGAGCUAAGGGUCAGAAACGGCUUCCCCCAGGAGUCAAACCUCCUGGCUCUUCUGGGGGCUCUCCCUAA